AUGCGUCGGAUCUACCCGCAGAUCCUGCAAGCAGAGCAAGCGAUCCAGGAACUUCGCUCGGAGCUCGCCCAGAACGAAGUAACCUCGCGGGACCAGCACGUGGAGCUCAAUGAUGCAAGCGACCAGAUUCAGUCGCUGCGGAACUCACUGGGGGCCGUGGAGCGUCAGAAGGCAGUCCGUCGCCAGUCCAUCUCGAUCUCCAGGCACAAGACCCAGGAGCUCCAGGAAAGAAUCGUGGCCUCGAACCGCGAUGAGGAAAGCUUGGCAUCGGAGCUUGGUGUGUAUCUUGAGGAAGGCGUCCGUGAAAGUGCGCUGCUCGAGGAGGCUGCAGCCAAACGGACAGCCAUCCUGUCCCAGGUGCAUCGCACGGAGGAGACCAUUCAAGACACGGCCAGCCGGGGCUCGGGUGCUGAGGAGAGUUGCUCCGGGAUCCAGUUCUCGCUGAAAAAAUUCACGCGCGAGGCAGAUAACCUGCAGAACGAGUUGGCAAGCGCCAACUACCACAGCACGCGGCAGCGGCGCUUCAUGGCGGAGGAGGAGUCGGAGGCCUCCUGGCAGUACGACAACACCUGCGAGGCACACGAGGCCAACGCUCAAGGGCACCAGCGGGUGGACGCACUGGAGGACUGCCGCCGGCGGCUCAUAGCACGGCUCCAGGAACUUGAGGAUGCCGAGCAGGAGGGCGACGAGCUGGUGGUGAAGCUGAGUCAGGCGCAUGACGUGGGGGUUGUUCUCUCCACAGCCUUGGGUGAUCUCCAUCAGCUUGUGGCGGAUCGCAAUGGGGUCCUCGAGGAAGUGUGUGGGGAGCACAGCGACUUGCGGAGAAAGCUGCAGGAGUCGGAGCAGCAGUCGCAGCUGGCCCAGGAUGAAGCAAACGAGCUGGCGAGCGCCCGGGAUGAGACGCACGCGCGCGAGCGCCAGGCGCACGAGGAGCUGCGGACGGCGGAGGUGCGCAUGCAAGAUGCCGAAGGAGCCAUGGAGAGGGAUCACAAGGAGGCAGAGACUCAGUUGCUGGAGGCCAGCCGUCGUCGGGCCACCUUGCACGAUCAGGUUGGGCAGCUCCAUGAGCAUCUCACCAAUAACCUGCAGCAGCGCAUGGAGGGGCUGGAGGAGGAAAACAAGCAUCUACAAAGCAAAAUCUCCUUUUUGGAGGAGGACUGCGCCAAGAUCUCUGCCGAGAACGCAGACAUGGAGCAGUUGAUUGAGAAAGUCAAGAAGAAGCCGAAUUGUGUAAUAUCAUAA